GUUUUUGGGUCACUUCGGUGUCCAAUCUUGUACCUUGCCUGUGCUCUCUCUCUCUCUCUCAUUCUCUCACUGAAAGCUUCGAGUGUUGUUUCGUUAGCUUCAAAAUCCGACAUUCCAUCAACUCUUUCCACUACAAAUUUUGUUCUUAGGGUUAAUUUUUUCUCGAUUUCUCGCUUUUUCUAUCGCCUCGAGCUGUGAUCUUUCUCCAAAAGCGUAAUAGAAUUUUCCCCGCUUCAUUUCGCCUCCCCUUUUCCUCUGUUUUUUGUUCAUAACUUGCUGUUACUUAUCAAUCGCUUGCUUGAAAUAUUAUCUGUUCUUGUUUGUUCAGAUUAAUUUCUUGAUUUUUGAUCCCCUAUUCGGUGCUUGCCUUUGCGUCAGGAGGAAAUUUACUCGAAGUAAAAGUAAGCUUUCGUUUGAAGGUUUUCUCUCUGUUUUUGUACAUAGAUUUUGCUGUUCAUUUGCGUAUUCUCAACUUUUCUUCUGAAAAUCUGGCUUUUCCUCCUGGAAAAUGAUGGGAUUUGGUUAGAUAAUGUAAGAAAUAUCCGGGUUUUGCUACAGAGUUGGGUAUUUUGUAAAUUUAUGGUACUUUUUCUUUGAGGACUUUCAUCGAACACCUUGCCUGCAAGUUCGAACUCUCAGCUUUUCUAGUUUUCUGCAUCUUCCAUUUGAAAAACAUGGGUUGUAUACACACAAAAUGUUGCUGUCGCUACCCAAAAUCAUUGGUUGGAGAAUCCCAAGACUUUCAUCAAGAAGAUAAGAACACAGUGAUCGAAAGAUCAUUGGAGUUCAUUCCUGUUGCUUCGCACAACUAUCACUUGGAAUACUUGGUGCUGUCUCGGCGUGGGUUCUACCCUGAAUCCCCUGAUAAAGAAAAUCAAGACAGUUUCUGCAUUAGAACAAGCAUUCAAGGUAACCCAAAUGCUCAUUUCUUUGGUGUUUUUGAUGGGCAUGGUCAAUUUGGAAUGCAGUGUUCAAAUUUUGUGAAGGAUAAGCUAAUAGAAAAGCUUUGUAAUGAUCCCAAAUUGUUGGAUAAUCCUGUACAAGCUUAUAAUUCAGCAUUUUUGUGUACAAAUGAUGAGCUGCAUACAAGUGAAAUUGAUGAUUCAAUGAGUGGAACAACUGCUAUUACAGUUCUUGUUGUUGGGGAUACCCUUUAUGUGGCCAAUGUGGGCGAUUCAAGAGCUGUAAUUGCAGUAAAGGAAGGGAACCGUGUCCUUGCCAAGGACUUGUCAAACGAUCAAACACCAUUUAGAAAGGAUGAGUAUGAGAGAGUUAGGCUUUGUGGGGCUAGAGUUCUUAGUGUUGAUCAAGUGGAAGGGCUUAUGGAUCCUGAUAUUCAGUGCUGGGGCGACGAAGAGAGCCAGGGCGGCGACCCGCCUCGACUCUGGGUUCAAAAUGGUUUGUAUCCUGGGACUGCAUUUACCAGGAGCAUAGGAGAUAGUACUGCAGAGAAGAUUGGUGUAAUUGCUGUUCCUGAGGUUUUAGUUCUUCAGCUUAAGGCUAAUCAUCUGUUCUUUGUGGUUGCUAGUGAUGGAGUUUUCGAGUUCCUUUCGAGUCAAACUGUUGUUGAUAUGGCAUCAAGUUAUGCAGAUCCUCAAGAUGCAUGCACUGCCAUUGCAGCCGAGUCCUAUAAACUAUGGAUGGAACAUGAAAAUCGAACUGAUGAUAUCACGAUCAUUAUUGUUCAUAUAAAAGGCUUGUCUAAUGUAUGAAAUUUACGAGAAUUAUUUCGGCCAUUUUUUGUUCUCGAAUAUGAUAAUGAUAUAGUUUUCGACGACCGAAUGCAGGAUUAUUUUGGAUAUGAAAAAAGAAGAAAAAGUCGCGACACAUUUUGA